GCCCCGUCUCGGAACCAUCACUUUGACUGAAUCGUCGGGUGCCGCAGAUUUCACCCAGGCGUCGUGGAAUACCUCGGAGGAGGUCAUGGUUCGACCUCUUUGUGUCUAGCAUGGUAUAUUUAUGCAUCUAUGGUGGGUCAGGUUCAUAUUACAGCAGUCGAAAUGGUGCUUGCUGUCCGAGUAUACGCACUCUACAACCGGAGUCGUCGUAUUGCUUUCCUGAUCGGCUUUCAGAUCUUGCUUGAAGUCGCUUCUUCGGUGGUGAAUACGGUAUAUGCCGUAAGAAUUACCAGAUCCUGUAUGUUUUCCAAGCCGCCCCAUCAACUGCUGUACCACGGCAUUAUAGUCUUGUCCACACAUACCACCUUGAUGGGACUUCCAUUGUUGAAGCAUGUCCUCACUAGGAGCUCGGGAUGGGGGAGGACACCGCUUGUAUCCCUAAUUUUGCGCGACGGCAGUGCGGUCCACUUUGUCGUAUCUGCACUAUGUGUCGUGAUGAUCGGCUUCUGUCGACUAGAUGGCGAAAGAGCAACAGUAAUGUUUUUCUGGAGUUUAUCUAUACUUUCCUCAUGUGGAUGCUGGCUGCUCAUGAACACGCAACGGCUGGUCACUCAUCCUACACACAGAGUGAGCAGUACUUCCAUCCGAGCCUCUGUGCUCAGCACUCAUAUCGAGAUCGAACAAUGACAUGUCAGUCAACCCCGUUCGGGCUCGCUGUAUUUUUAACAUCGAAUACAUCUGGCUCAGUGGCUAGACAUCUAGUAGACAAUAGCUAUACGGUGACCCCGAACCUGGAGUUUCCAGCUCUGCUUUAUAUUUAAUACAGUCUCACGACCAUUUAAUCUAUAUUCAAGCCCG